CAGGCAGCUCGGCGCUUGCGGUGCGGCUCGUGCGCCGGCAGCUUGACUGGGAGGCGCGGACGCUGCAGAGGAUUGUCCGCAGGGGCUGCCGCUCCCUAGACGCGGACUGGGCCGAGGCCUGGCGCCGCUUCUGCAGGUCGCGGCGCGCGUCUCCGGACCUGCUGCAGGUCAACCCCGAGAAAGAGUUGCUGGCCGAGUUUGUGGAGAGGAGUUUGCCCAUCUUGUUGAAGAAGGAGUGGGCCAAGGACCUCAUGUUCAAGCCCGAGGGGCAGAGCGACGACCUCGCGCCCGAGUCCGACAUGGACGAGGCGGUGCCCGGCAUCGAGGACGGCGACGCCGCCGCGGGCACCGUGGAGCUGCACGCUCGAGGAGCGGCCGCAGGCGACGAACCCGCCGGCCGGAAGAGACCAGCGUCCCAGGAGCCCAGCAGCGCGUCGGCGUCGACGCACUCGAAGAGGAAGAGGCGAAAGAAAGACAAGAAGCGCAAGCACAAGAUGAAGUGGGGUGACUACACCUCGCAGAUGAGCCCAGAAGUCCUCAUGAUGAGCAACAUGAUGGGCAUGUCCAUGAUGAUGAACAAUCCCCUCGCGAUGAUGGGGAUGGGAGCGCCCAUGAUGACACAGCAGAUGCCGAUGAUGCAGUCGUCGUCUCCGCCCAAGAAGGCGAAGAAGGACAAGGGGAAAAAGGCCGCCCGGAAAGAGGCGGCCGAAGCCGCGGGCGCCGUGGCGGCCGCGGGCACCGCGGCGAGCGCGGUCGCCGCGGUGGCCGGUGCUGGGUUCGACUGGAACAUGCUCAACGACGACGUCCUCAUUGACGCAGACGACCUAUGACUCAUGUCGAGGAGC